CAUCCAUUAAUUAUCCACAAUAAUACACAUCAUAUCAAAACACUUCCGUCUCGGUAGAAUGGUAAAGAAAAAAGAAAAAAGAAAAAAGACAAACGGCCGGGCUUCAUCUAUAAUCAACGCCAUACCAGUGCCAAACGCCAUCCACAGUGCCAUGAUGGUAGAAAACAGUACGAGCAAUGCUUGCGGGAAUCAUCAAAUCAGAAAGGAAACAAAGAAAAACAGCAGAAAGUGUCUACAACGACAAAGGCCAGAUAACCAAGGCCAAGGAGAAAAACGCCUCUCAAUGUACGUACAUAGACGGCACACAGACCGACAUGUCGUCGAGGAAGAACUCGGCCGGGCUCAGUCCCUUAGCAGAGCUUCCGCCCUCUGGCUUCCCGGUACCAGGCUCGUAGUGUCCGUGAUAACCCGUGAACUCGAUAAAAGCCAACUCCUGACCUUGAUGGUCGAUCAUAACGGGCCGAAGGAUGGAUUUCUCGUGAAAGUACUCGGCAUGGCAGAAGGUGGGCUCGAUAUCCUUGUCUUGAUCGUGGAUGCUCCAGGCGCACAUCAGAACGGUAAUCUCGCCUCCAGCCUUCGGGAAUGCCGAAAGGUUGUAGGAAAGCAGCUCCCAGGACGUCGAGUUGUGCUCCAAGUCGUAGGUGAUACGGCGGGAAACCCUGGAGACGAAGGGUUUUGCCAGUUGGUAGUAGAGAGAGAUGUAGUAGUCACCUUCGGGGGUCGUAGGAUUGCAAGUCUGGUUGCGUUGGUCCUGCAGAUUCUCGCACAAGGCAAACGUCCAAUCCGGAUCGAAGGUAAAGUCUCGGAAGACGAAAGGAGAAGCUGGAGUCAUGGUAGGGUUCAUGAUGGCGUGCGGGUAGCUGUCAUAAAAGUCGUCGAAGUGCAGAAGCUCAUGCGAAGAUCCAGCCGUGCAGCGUCCAGUGGAAGGAGGAUGCGUCGGCUCGGGAUGCGUCGACAUAGUAUGAGUUGGCAUAGGAUGCGUCGGCUCGGGAUGCGUCGACAUAGUAUGAGUUGGCAUAGGAUGGGUCGGCAUAUGAUGGGUCGGCAUGGGAGUGUGAGGAUGACAUGGUCCGCCGUCCAUCAUGUGCGUAUGGGUGACAGAAGCGGUAGCCGUGACCAUGUGAGUAAUGGUCUUCAACAUCCCCUCGAGGGGUCCGCAGGCACAAUCCCAGCCCCAUGCCUGGCAGUUGCAAGUAGCCACAUAUCCAUCAUGGCAGACCUUCACGGCAUGGUUGUCUCCGCAAGCUCCAUUGUUGUUCCGAGUGACCAAUCCCAGCUUUUUGCUGCCUUUCUUUCCUUUGUCCCCGCCGGGGUGGCAUUCGUGCUCCUGGGUACAGACAACAUGGGUAGGCUCCGGGGCAGGAGGGAUGCAAUGUUCGUGGUCAUGCUGGGAACAAACGAUGCCGGUGGGCUCAUGGGUGCAAGGUCCAGUGACGGUGACAUGGUCAACAGUCAUGGUAGUAGUGGUGGUCACGGUGGUAUAAACGGUGCGAAUGGCGGCAAUGUCGUGGCUGUGAGGAAGACGGAGUAUCAGUGGGGAUCAAGAGGAUGAAUCAUGAAGGACAGUAUCUGGGACUCACUCCACGGGGGCAGCCUGGACAACCAUCGUUCCGGCGAGGAUCAACAGAGGAAUGAGGGAUGGCAUGUUGAGAAUCACAGAGCGAGACAACAUGAUGAGAGAGAAGUGUACGGUUCAAAAGAGCAGCGAAUGGCUGAGUAGACAAACGAUUGAAUCAGCGAAAACGAGAGUGCAAUUGCAGAAUAGUGAUCAAAACCAGGAAGAGACCAAAGAGAAGAAGUCGAAAGGCGAAAAGAGCAAAAGAGAAAGAGAAAGACAACGUGGAGUGGGAAGGAAAGGAAAGGAAGCGGGAAAUGAAGGAUUGGGAGUGAGGGUUUAUAUAGGACGGGAGAAAGAAGG